CUGCAGAUUCUUUCUUUGAGGGUCACUCUUGUUAGAGCGAUUGUACUUUUUAUCAUUGCACUUAUUGUCUAUGCUUUUGAGGAUUUUUCGGAGCAACAUCUCUAAUGUGACACAAGGAAAUGCUAAAAGGUUCUUUUAUAGUUUAUCAAAGUACUGUCUGAAUUCUUGUGUUUGCUUCUUAAAACAGUGGCUUUUUUGAUAGUAAGCGUGUUUGUGUAAAGGAAUGCAAGUGCAAAGAGAGAGACAGGGAUUAAAUUGGAAAGGUGCACGAGGUGAAUGAGUGGGAGUAUUUACCCACAGAUGGCCUCUCGGCGGUGGGAUUGUGAUAGUCCGCUGUACCCCCUCCUGAGUCCAGCUGGCGUCGCUCACGCGGGCCUCUUCCUGGCCAAAGCAUUACCUCAUCACUUCUAUUUAUUUUCUGCUUCAAUACAAAGCGGUUUUCUAUUAAUAUUCUCACCGUUUAAUUAAGCGGCGAUGUGGCAGAGCACCGGGAUGGGCUUUUUAUUACAUUUACAGCAGUGCGGGUUUGAUAGACUUUAACUGUGCUGAGGCACACAACUUUUCUCCAGCAGCACCGUGCUGUGUUUUCAGCCUGUUUUCAGUCGUCAUGUUCUGUUAUUAAAACGCAGAACAAGAACGAGGAUAGUGGUUUUUUAUACUUAAUAUUUUGAUGCAUGAACUUGUUUUAAAGGGCUAAACAUAUGUAAAAAUGGUGGAUUCUCCAACAGUAUGGGUUGUUGAAGCAAACUAGGGGCAGGAGUCACCAAGGUUCAGGUUUUUUAACAGCUGUUGCCAUUGUUCACCAGCCUGAAGCUUCAAUCCAGUCUGGACUUCUGACUCAGCACACUUGGCUGAUGGCCACUCCUGCCCUGGUGUGAGGGACCGGACGCCACCACUUAUUCCGCGCAUUUAUGGACUUCCUGUCAGUCGUAGUAAGCCAGCUGAGGAGUCCCUGAAUCGUUUAAUCUCCAAAGAGAUGAGACAAAGCCCUGGCUGAUGUUUUCUUUCCAGGUGAAAUUAUGACCCUGCUGGUAAAGUGAGGUGCGCGCCAAGAAGAGUCUCGCUAAAGAGCUGUGGUGACCAUUCUGCAGUAGAAACGCGAAGAAAAAAAGAUGUCUUGUCUGUCAUUUACCCCUGCACUCUACCUUGAUGCCCACUCCGUCUUUGUCGUUGGACUGCUGCUGCUCGUCCACCGGGGGCCCUCCGAGGUCAGCUGCCAGAAUGACACGGAGCCGAUCGUGUUGGAGGGAAAGUGUCUGGUGGUGUGCGACUCCACCCCGUCGGCGGAGCCGUCAGGUAAUGCCCUGGGCAUGUCAGUGAGGUCAGGAACUGGGCGGGUGGCAUUUUCGGCCAUUCGUAACACCAACCACGAACCCUCAGAGAUGAGCAACCGAACCAUGACCAUCUACUUUGACCAGAUCAUAGUGAACGUUGGCAGCCAUUUCGAUCCAGCAACAAGCAUCUUUGUGGCACCCAGAAAAGGAGUCUACAGUUUCAGCUUUCAUGUUGUCAAAGUUUACAACCGGCAGACGAUACAAGUGAGUUUGGUUCUCAACGGCUGGCCUGUGAUCUCAGCCUUCGCAGGCGACCAGGAUGUGACCAGGGAAGCUGCCACCAAUGCGGGUCUGGUGAUUAUGGAGAGGGGGGACAAGGCUUACCUCAAACUGGAGCGGGGGAACCUAAUGGGAGGGUGGAAGUACUCCACCUUCUCUGGGUUUCUGGUGUUCCCGUUGUAGGGUUGACUGAGGUAGGAUUAUGAGAGCUGGUGUUCUGACCAUAGUCACAGGUGUGGAGGGGAGGGCGGGUGUAACAUAAAGAGUUCUUUGUUACUUUCACAGCCAUCAACACAAAGGAAGAGGAAUUAACUGAUACAUUGAACUGCACUGACGCAUCUUGAUGUGUAUCGAUGAAUUGGUGAAUUCACCUUGCACCAAAUAAUCUUGGAUGUAUUUUCCAUUUCCAUUGCAUUUUUAUGGCUUAUUGUGUGUUUUUCUGUCAUUAGUCUGUGGUUGCUUGCAGUUUUCCUUUUAAUGCAUGAAAUAAGAAAUGGCCAAUAAAGAAAAUAAUUGUGUCUA